AUGCAAGCAGCAUGCGAGAGUGCGUCUCUGGCCACUGCAAGUGUAUGCGACCCUAAAAAAAGCUCUGCAGUCACUUGCGCACGGCAGCCUGUCUUGUCGCAAAGGAGCGGGAUUGUCGACGAGGAAGGUAAGGUAGAGAGACCCGGACCAGGACAGGGCCAAACGCUGGUUGUCGUCAAAGUAAACUCAGGUAGUCAGUCCUCAGUUUGGUGUCGCGGCUCAGCGCCUUUGUACCGACACGGGACGCAGCGAGAGGCAGGCAUGAACCAAUCACGGGACAAGGCUUUUGGUCAAUUGCGGGCAAUUUUGGGGGUGAAUUGCCAAUCGACGCUGACAGCUGAGCCGAAAACUGCGGGGUUUAUUUUUUUCUCCCUCCCUCUUUUCCCCUUGGAGCUUGGAUCUAACUUGAUGUCUUUUGGCUCUGGAGCUGUCGCGGCAACGGCAACGGCAACGGGAAGCGAAAUGGUGAAAUCCAAAGUCCAAUCAAUCCCGUCGCUCCCCCGCUGGGAAAUGAAUGAGCCCCAAGCACGGGAGAGCAAGAGAAGAGCACGGGCCACCCAAGCCUUUCAAGCCUCUCAAGCCUCUCAAGCCUCCCAAGCCUCUCAUCUUUUACGCCCUCUCUCACAGCUUGAGUCCAUCAGCUGCCCGGGUACCUCUCUCGACAUCGACAUCGAGGAUGGAUAUCCCCGGUUAAACCUGCCAACAGCAUGCAGCGACCGAUGCAAGUCAACUCAUUUCAAAUCAAAUGUGUCUCUGAAAGAAAUACUCCGUAUUCUUCUCACAAAUCCACUCGACGACGUCGCCGAAUGCAAAGAACUGCAACGGCACGACUAG